CACAAUACCCACAAAUUUGUUUCGCUUCAAAAUUCUCAGAAAUUCAUCUUCAUAUGGAUUUUAAUCUAUAGGGUUUCUUGAUUUCUUGAAAAAAAUUGGUUCUUUUGUAUCUUUCUUUUUAUAUAUAUAUCUGUUUAGUAACUCGAAAGAGUGAAAAAAAUGGCUACUGUGAACCCAUUCGACCUUUUGGAUGAUGAUGCUGAGGACCCAAGUUUGUUAAUUGCUGCUCAGCAGCUAAAGCAUGUGGCUCCUGUUGCAUCUGCACCAGCCAAGAAGGCUCAAGCUCAGCCUACUAAGCCUGCUGCUAAGUUGCCGUCAAAGCCAGUUCCUCCUUCUCAAGCUGUGAGGGAAGCCAGGACUGAUGGCCAGCGAGGAGGCGGCCGUGGGGGUCCACGUGGAGGAGCUCGCGGACGUGGGCGUGGACGUGGGUUUAACCAAGAAUUUACUGAUGAUGGGAAUGCUUUUGGCAGCAAUAAUGGAUUCUCUGGGCGGUAUAGUGCUCCAGAAGAUGGAGAAUCAGGAAAGGUUUCUGAAAGGAGAGGUGGAUAUGGUGGAUCUCGUGGGGGGUUCCAUGGAGGUCGUCGUGGUGGUUUCAAUAACGGGGAUGCUGCAGAAGGAGAAGGGGAACGCCCAAGGAGAGUGUUUGAUCGACGAAGUGGAACUGGCCGUGGGAAUGAGUUUAUUAAACGGGAGGGCUCUGGUCGUGGGAAUUGGGGAACUACUGCAGAUGAUAUUGCACCGGUGACUGAAGAAUCUGUUAAUGAUGGUGAGAAGAUUGUCGAUGCUGAGAAACAAUCUGGACAGGAAGAUGCUGGAGACACCAAUAAGGAUUCUUCUGCUGCUGAGCCAGAAGAGAAGGAACCUGAGGAGAAGGAGAUGACCCUCGAAGAGUAUGAGAAGGUAAUGGAAGAGAAGAGGAAGGCUUUGGUGGCUCUGAAGCAAGAGGAAAGAAAGGUUAAUUUGGACAAAGAACUUCAAUCCAUGCAACUUCUCUCAAACAAGAAGAAUGAUGAUGAGAUCUUCAUCAAAUUGGGUGCUGAGAAAGAUAAGAAAAAAGAAGCAGUGGAAAAAAACAAAAAGACAAAAAGCAUAAAUGAGUUCUUGAAGCCUGCUGAGGGAGAAAGUUACUAUCGCCCUGGUGGCCGUGGUAGGGGCCGUGGCCGUGGAAGAGGUAAUGGCGGUGGAUAUGGUGGAAUCAACAGUGUUUCAACCCCAUCCAUUGAAGAUGUUGGUCAAUUCCCCUCCUUGGCUGCCAAGUAAGGGAGCAAGUCCUGCAUGGAUUAGGUAAAAAAGGAAGCAAAAGCAACUGUUGUCGUCUGAUCCGUCUUCCUUUUUCCGUCAUUUAUGAUAUUUCCCGGAACCUUUGGGCAUUCUUGUACUAGAUUUUUUUUUUUGGAAACUCCAUAAUUGUUCUUUAGAGUAUAGAUUUAGAUGUUUUCUGAAGGUGUAUGCCCUGGGUUUUUGUUGACUUCUUUUAUACAUUUAUGAAAACCCUUUUCCUUCGUAUUUAGGUGUUAGGCUUUGAUCUUAUAUUUUCUUGUUUACUU